AGACUCGGAAAUACCGUCUAUUUUCAAUGCGAUCGAUCGUUAGCUGGGAGUGCUAAAUCAGGAUGAAACCGCUUGUUAACAACAGCAAGUAUAUAAAUGUAUGAAACGGCAAAAGUACCGUCUGUCAUCUUUCAAUAUGCGUAGUCUCUCUCUCGUUUGCCUGUUCGCUUUGAGCGCUUCAGUCACUGCCUAUGACAACAUCAUUGCUUUUGCUGACAGUUUCACUGACAACGGCAAUGACUACAAGUACUCCAAGUUUCCUCCCUCCCCACCAUACUGGAGAGGACGUUUCUCCAAUGGACCUACCUGGCUGGAGGAGGUAGCUAAACAGAUGCCCAACACGACCGUCGUCAAUCGCGGUUUCGGUGGAGCCACCACAGACGACGCAUACGUUCAUGCUACGUUCAACAACUUUGAGGUGCCUGGUUUGUUACAGCAGAUCGCCAACUACCCUGUUCCCGGCAAUGCAAACUCUUUGUUCAUUAUCUACAUUGGCUAUAAUGACCUCAACUCCAUCAUUAAUCCCGACCAAUACAUUGUCACCACUCCUUUGACCAAGGACAUUGUUUCUGAUAAUGUCAUCAAGGGUAUCAAGAACAUUGAAGAGAAGUAUCAUGGCAAGCAGUUUCUUGUCAUGACCUGUCCUCCUUUCGACAAGUGGCCGGUAGUGAAGGAUGCUGACAAGGCUAAGGCGAAUGAACUGAUCACCUCUUACAACCAAUUGCUCAAGUCUAAGCUCGACAAAUUGACUAACGUUGACAUCAAGAUGGCUGACACUCACACUUGGUUCGAGCAAGCCCUUGCCAACCCGGGGCAGUUUGGACUUCGCACUGAUAAUGGUCCCUGCGUCCCUGGAAUUGGUAACACUGAUGAGUGCUCUGAUCCCGAUACUCAUUUCUUCUGGGACUCUUAUCAUCCUAAUGCCAAGGUGCACAAGGCAGAAGGUGAAUGGGCUACCAAGCUCAUUGAAGAGUUGUAUCCUAGCAAGAACCACACCACAUAGUGAAUGGGUUUGUGUGAAAUAGCAUGGAAUAACUAACAUUCUGCUGAGCAUGGCAUAGAAGGCGGUAGAAUAUUAUGGUUUAUUCGAUUAACCGAAUAAAGUUAAGAAAAAAAGGGUCAAUAGUAAAAUGACGUUGAGGGAACACG